AUGUUAAAUGUUAAUAUUGAUUUCUAUUAUUGUGAUCCUCAACCAGAAGACGUGGACAUAAAUAAGGUAGACUUUCCAUUAGUGGAAUCAAUAAUGAUAGAUCCAGAAUUUGAAACAGUAAAUAUUUUAUUAACACAGAGUCCAUGUGGAAAACUUCACGCUGACAGAAUAACAGACGUUGAAGCACUCACCGGCUAUAAAGUUUGUCCAUAUUGUAAAGAAGAAGUUUAUUCUAUCCGUGAUGAUCCAGAAAGGAAAAACCAAAGAAGAUUUUUAAAGCAUUGUGAGAAAUGUAAAGAAAAUAAUGGAAGAUUAAUUCAAGACGUUCAAUUGCAAAAAACCCAGCAACCAUAUGCACCACAUAUUACGAAA